AUGGCCGAUGAUCAAGUACAGGGAGAAGCACCCGGUGAAUCUGCUGCUGCUCGGCCUCGUCACGCUCUGAUUCAGCCUCAGAGCAUCGGCGUAUUGACCAACGCCUUCACCAGCAUUGGUAGGGGGGUUUUGCAAUUUACGGUCCUUACAGGAGCUGCUAUGAUUAACCUCAUCAUCUACACGUUAUGGGCAGCCAUGAGGCAGUACCAAGUCACCACCUACUGCCCCUUCCUGAUCAACCACGUCCUCAUGUUUUUGUUCUACUUGAUUAUUCAGGCCUACUGUCCCCUGGGAAGCUUCAACGUGACCUUCUUCGGGUGCUUCUUCGCCAUGAUGUUCGCUGUGUUCAUCGUCCAUGACAUACCCCUGUUGAUUGAGCGCCACUCAUACAAUGAACACGUCUUCGCUGCCAUAUCGUUGUUCCCAGACCUCAUCAACCUUCCCGGCUCUUAUUGUCUGGCACCCUGUAAACGACAUUGUUAG